CGGAGCUGCUGAUGAUAUAUUAUAUAUAUAUAUAUAUAUAUAUACUCCAUCAGGUUUUGAUCGAACUGCAGAAAAAACAAACAGAAACAGAGAUGAUCCCUUAUUCUCCCUGAGGAACUGACCAAUCAGCAGUCAGGAUGAUGCCAAAGCAGCUGGCUCAGACGUCUCCGGGCAGCGUUUUGUCCCUCAGAGCGUCCAGCGUCCCAGGAUCCCCUGCUGCCGCCAUCGUGGUCCGUGUGGAGGACGGGCUCAUCGGCUAUAAGGACCUGGCGGCGCUGCCGAGGGACAAAGCCAUCCUGGACAUCGAACGGCCGGACCUGAUGAUCUACCAGCAGCACUACAGCUACAGCCCUCUGGAGAGGUCCUUGUCUCCUCGCUCCUUGUCUCCUCCUCCCUCCCCCGAGAAGGAGUCCAGGGAUUGGCUGGAGAACCGUUCUCCUGGGGGUUCCUCUCCUGGUUCCAGCAUCCAGACCAGCAGAACCCACAGCACACACACACCGUCAACGCCGAACACACCCAACACACCCAACACACCCACACCACACACACCAAACACAGCACACACACACUCAUCUGGUUCCAAGAGCAACAUGCAGCACUUCCACCGGCCCGAAAACGGCUCUAACAUCUAUAAGAAGCCUCCCAUCUACAAACAAGACACGUGUAUUAGACCCCCCCUCCCUCAGGGUAAACACUUUGAGGAUCUGAUCAUUGAGUCCUCAAAGUUUCCGGCCGCUCAGCCUCCGGACCCGAACCAGCCGUCAAAGAUCGAGACCGAGUUCUGGCCCUGCCCCCUCCAUGAGAAGGAGUGGAGGAAGAAGGAUCAGAGAGAAGGAGAUGAUGAAGAUGAAGGAGAGCAGAGUGAUGAGCUGUGGGGACUGAGAGCGCUUCAGAAACAAGAACUCAACAAGAUUCAGUCUAAUCUGGGUAAAAUCAUCCUGAAGGAGGAGCUGGAUAAAUCUGCUGCUCCUCUGAGGAGGAAAACUCGUUCUCUACCAGACCGAAGCCAAAACACUGGGUCCAACGCCUCGCGGUCGGUGUAUUUCCCAGCAUCCUCUAGGAGCGGCCUCUCCAGGGUGAGUCCUGCAGAACACCAUCGACCAAUCACAGCAGAGUUUAGUGACCACGGUGAUGAACAUGUUUCUGUUUGUUUUCAGCUUCAGUCAGCAGAGUUCAGCUCCUCUGAGAAAACGACCGCAGAUCUUCAGAAUGGAGACUCCAGGAUGGACAGAGGAAACUCUCUCCCCAGCAUGUUGGAUCAAAAGAUCUGCCCCUAUGACAUGCUGGUGGUGACCCACAGAAGGCGGAGCAAGCUGCCUCCAGGUGUGGACCGAACCAGGCUGGAGCGUCACCUCUCUCAGGAGGAGUUCUUCAGUGUCUUCGGGAUGUCCAUCGAGGAGUUCGACAGCCUCUCUCUCUGGAAGAGGAACGACCUGAAGAAGAAGGUCUGUCUCUUCUGACGCCGCUGGAACCCGCAUCUCCCACAAUCCCUUUCUCUGCUCUUAUCGGAUCACUGCAGGACCCUGAACGCACCACGGACUCGUUAUUAUCAGCACCGCUGUCAUCACAGUCAGACGCUCAGUGAGACGUCAGGUUUGAUUCACAGGUUGCUGCUGCACACGUGAACUCCUCCUGCAGAGCUCCUGUUCCAUACGCUUCAGUUUGUAGAUGUCAAUCAGUAAAGUACAGAGAGCCAAACUCCAUCUGACAGCAGAGCCAACUCCAGAGGGUUCGACCAGGAAGUGAAGAGCCGAGUAGAUUCACCAGUUAGUUAACACGUUACCAGUUAGUUAACACGUUACCAGUUAGUUAACAUUGAUCAUCUACUGAACAUGUCUAUGCGCGGCCGAUGAGAAUACAGCCCUUUAUCAUGACACCUAAAUAUCAAUAUACCUUUAAAUAUAUCAUGAAGUUGUUAAUGGAUAAAAUAAUCAUAAUCAAUCAUUCAUCCGGCCCACGAUGCGUUCAAGUCCUCUGGGUUUGUUACUCUUGUCAACACGCAGCUGAUCUUCAUAUGUGAAGCUUAUAGUUUGGUUGUAGUGGUGGAAUUCUGGGAAAUGAGGUUGAUUCUCUCGGGAUUAAAAAAGGUUUAUUGUGAAUCCAUAAUAAUAUUAGCAUUAAAAGUUUUCCAUUUACCAGAUUAAAUGUUUAAUAUCUACAGCGACGUGAAGCUGCAGACGGAGUUUGUUUUCUUCUCAUGCAGGAAAUAUUUUAUUAUGGAGCUUCCUGCUGCUGUCUGGUUUCAACCACACAGAUCUGAUGACUGUAGGAAACAACCUGUUCAAAAAGGAUUGUUCCUAUUGGCUUAGCCAGCUAUGAUGUCAUAAUAACAGCAUUUCCUUUCCCAGCACCUAAAAAAAGAAAAAACAAGGAGACAGUUUGAUCUCAGUCGGACAUUUAACAUCAUUUAACAUUUUCUGAACGUGUUAUAAACAAACUAAACUUUUCUUUGUUGAGCAGUUACUGAAAACUUCGAUUAGAUAUGUUUAUUCUAUU